AUGAUCACGAUCCCACUUGCCUCCACAUGGGAUUGGAAGCUGAACAUUACUGAGACUGUCCAAGCCAAAAAUGUAACGAACCCGAACACGGGUACGCUGCCGCCGAGCCAAAUUCGCGGUGCCAUGUUUCACGGUCCCAACAACCAGGCUGAAGUCUAUGUCUAUGGCGGGACAACCUUCAUGGGCAAUCAGUCUUUCGAGGCAUACACGCGGCCAGACUCCUCAGCGUACCCUUUGUGGUCUUAUACGUACGGUGCAAGCACCCCAUGGGGCCAAUACGCGGGUGAUACCGCGUGGAUGCCGAACCAUGGAGCGGCGACGGAAGCAAUAGACCAAGGCCUAGCAUUCUACCUCAAUGGGCAAAUCGAUUGGGGCACUUCUUCCAAGACUUUCGAUAUUCUCCCUAAGACGGACGCGAUAUAUGUUCCUAUACAAGGCAUGCUCAUUCUUGACCUGAACACGCAAUCUGCGAGGAAUCUAUCGACCUCCAAGCUAAGAGGUGGGGCGCCACGCGUAGGAGGUACUAUGGAAUACAUCGCUUCGAUUGGUGACAACGGAGUGCUUGUAGCGUUGGGGGGUCAGAUCCAAGCCAAUCUUAGCAGCUCUUUCGCCAAUGUCAAAACUGGCUCAUUGAUCGAUUUCGCGACAGUGGACCUUUUUGACAUCGGCUCCUACUUCGGGGAUCCUGACAGCAACGGAACAUGGUACUCGCAGAAAACAACCGGGAAACGACAAAUGAUCACGGUUGGUGGAAACAAUACCAAUGGUCUCACGUGUGACUGGGAGACCAAGGGUGUUGCGGUGUGGGAGUUAACUUCGCUGACAUGGGGAUCCGUCUUUUUGAAUAACCUGACUGAGUUCCAAGUGCCUCAAAAAGUCCUCAGUGCAACAGGUGGAAACGCGAACGGUAACGCCACGAACAAAGAUCCAGCACUCGGCUGGACUGACCAAGGCCUGAAAAAAGUCUUCGCAACACCUCGCAGAUACAACUUGCCCGACAACACGACAUCCCCAACCUCCCGAAAAUCCAAUACCGCAGCCAUCGCAGGCGGUACCGUUGGCGGUAUCGCCUUCCUCGCCCUCAUCGCGCUCGCAGCAUUCCUCUUCCGCCGGCAACACCGCAAACACCACGGCCCGCACGAACUUCACAACAGCUCCUCCCCGACCGCCAGUGCGUCGAAGAACAAAUUCGAACUCCAAGCCGUCAAUGAAAACAGCCCUGCUGAGCUCUUCGGCAAUGAUCCCAGGGAACUCGAGUCGCCGAGACAGGUUGUAGAAGCGGAGAAUGUUUCGAGUACGACGAGGGCGGAGUUGCCAGGGACAAAUACGGUCAGGGGAGGCGUGCAUGGGGUUCCGAUUGUUAGGACGCCAGGGGAUGAAUUGCCUGAGCGACCGGAGUAUGUGGCGGGUUUGAGGCGAUUGGAGAGAGACGGGACGGGGGUGAAGGAAGUUGCGAUUGUGGACAAAAUCGAAGAAGAAGAAAAGAAGCCAGGAAAUACGGAGAUUUGA